AUGUCUCGGACCACAAACCCUUUAGACGACAAGCUGUCCGUCCUCUGGCGUUCAGCCUGUGACGGCUAUGCCAGAGAAACCGGUAUCGCACUCAGCGACGGCGACUUCCCCCAGAUCCACGGUCCUGAGGAUCUGUCCCGACAGUUAGACGCAGAGAGGGACCAUUUUGAAGACUUCCGGACGAAGAAACGCCCGCUCUUGCACGCGAUGCAGGCAGUUGUGGCGCCCUUUGAGAACUGGGGCUAUCUGAUCGCGGGUGCAGCCUCCGCAGCUUUCCCACCAGCUGGUUCCAUCAUGGGCGCCAUGCUGCUUCUGGUUCGGGGUGCCCGCAGGGUCAGUGAAUCGUUUGAAAUGCUUACGGGCUUGUUUCACAGACUCGGGCAUUUUGCUCUCCGGCUGGACUCGUAUAGGGGCGUUCCUCUCAGCGAGGGAAUGAAGACGAUUAUAGUCAAUGUCCUGGUUAAUUUUCUCCGUGUCUGCGCAGUCUCGCAGAAUCUACUGAGUCGGGGGUCGCUCAGGGCAAGGCUUACAAAAUGGACGAAGAACGUCCUGGUUGAAGAUACAUCGAUUAGCUCGCUGCUGGGCCAGCUGGAGGAGUUAACGAGCCAGGAGCACAAGAUGGUCUCUGCGCAUGGGCUCGAUCUCACUCAUCAGACGCUCAGAAAUACAGCAGAGUUACUCGAGCGCGACAACAGCAGAGCAGACCGCGAGAGGCUCGACAGAGUGAAGAAAGCACUAGACCCCGUCUCUGCAUCCGGCCGCGUCUUUUCCGCGAUCAACGAGACUCGGAUGCCUGGAUCGGGCAGCUGGAUUGAAGACAGGAUCCGGUCCUGGGCACAGGGACCCGAGCCUCUCCUUUGGAUCCACGGCGGCCCUGGCGUGGGCAAGUCGUACAUGGCGUCAAAAAUCAUCAGCGAUCUCGCGGCAGAACCGUCCAGCCCAACAGCGCCCAUCGUCACAUCGUUCUUCUUCAAGAGCAACGAUGUGGAUCUGCGCUCCGUUAACAAAGCGUUGCGGACGCUGGCAUGGCAAGCAGCUGUCCAGCGCUCGGCCUUUGCAGCGCAUGCGGAGGAGUUCUGUCUGAAAGAAGACCCAGACAACAGCUACGUUGUCUGGAGGAAACUGUUGCUCGACUCGGGCGCCAGAAUGUGCCUUGUCAUUGACGGUAUCGAUGAGGCAGAACCAGAGGAGCGAGAGGUCCUUUGCAGCCUACUGGAGAGCACAUAUACGACAGGGGGGCCUCCAUCAAUCCGAGUCGUACUCUUGAGCAGGGACUCUGUGCGCGGCGUGCUCGAAGAGCACUCUCUUGGCUGGAUUCCCGAAAUCGAAAUCACCAACAGCCAGAACCAGGACGACCUCGCUAGAUACGUCACUCAGAAGCUGCAGAAGACCAGGUUGUUUCGCGGUUCUCCAGACUUUCAAGCCGAGAUUGCCCGGGAUAUAUGUGGGCAAGCAGAAGGCCUCUGGGAAUGGGCGAACCUGGUGAUAAAAUCGGUUUUAAGCUGUCGGACCAAGGAACAGAUUCGCAAGGUGGUCCUGACGAUGCCCCGAGGCAUCAGCGCAAUGUUGCAGGCAGAGCUGAAGCGCCUGGCUAAAGAGUUAUCGUCGAAUGAACUGCGCGACGAGCUAUCUGAGGAAGCAAUGGCGACGCAGAUUCACGAGCUCAACAUUCUGCUUUCAAUUGUGACAAAGGCUCAGAAACCGCUGACGGUGGAGCAGCUCGACCUGAUCUUGGAGGCCAUCCUUGGAGAGGAGGUCCUGAAUCUCGAAGACGAUCUCCGAACGGUAUACUCGUCCCUGUUCUCGCUGCGGUCCGCUGGGGAUGAAGACGAAGACGACGCGGUCAUUGUCACUCUGCGGCAUAAUUCUUUUUACGAAUUCUUUAGUAGGCCUGUGGGCGCUGGAUCCAUCCAGGUCGACCUGGACCAAGCUGAAGCGUCCUUUGUAUUUGUCUUGCUCUACGCUCUCCAGAGAAACGAGGCACCCAUAUCCAAAAGGCUUCUAUGGCCGCUCAAGAGAUAUGCUCAGCAGUUCCUACCGCUGCAUCUCUCGCGUGCAACCCCAGAGAAAGCAGCAAAUCUAGAAGAAAUACAAGCUCUGCUUGCCGCUCUAUUCACCGAGGAGCCGGCAUUCAAUCCCCACCACUGGCUGAUUGAAAACGUCUCUGUGACUCGCUUCUCUGAAUACCACUCCUAUCCGUCGUCCCUACCAACAGAGAUCGCCUACUACUGGUGGAAUACUCGAGAUCGUGAUAUGGCAAACGAGAGGGCAGAGCUGGUCCUGAAAUGGCUGUCCCCGGACACGAAACAGCUCUUGCAGGACUGUGCUCGGUCUUCGAAGGUGGCAAGCGAUGUUUGUCCCUUCACGGUGCUUUUUUCUAAUUUGGCAGAGUCUUUCUCCCGGCUUUGGCUCGUUCCCAAAGACAUAGAAGACGAGGAUGGACUACCAGAGCUCCUCUCCAUCAUGUUAUUUGUGUACACUCAAAUGGCAGUUGCUGAGCCCACCUCCGAUGAGAGGCUUACGGGGUUAUUCUCCGGUCUGGAGCCUCGCAAGUUGCUGCAUACUGCCCAGACGCUGCAUCUCGAGACGACGCCCAUUUGGCAUGCUCGGCUCGCCCAGGCGAUGCUCCUGCAUCAGAAUUACGCGGCAGCCCUCGAAAGGUUCCAAAUCGCUCUCGACGAACAUCACAGGAAGCCUGUAUUGAGCAAGCAAGCGCUCUCUGUGGUUCAUAGAGACAUGGCGCGUACAUGUACCAAGGUCUGGAGGUACAAGGAAGCAUUAGAACACUCUGAUCUGGCCGAAUCGCUGCUCGACUCCCAGAACCGUGGCUGCCUGGAUCCUAUCAACAAACUGCUGAACCGUGCGCAAAUGGAGCAACUUGCGGGCCUGACCGACAAGGCUGUUGCCACCACAAAUGAGGCCUGGAAGGCAUUCGUCGAACAAAAGGAUGAAUACCGAGACAGGGAUAUGCUGCAUUCGUUCUUUUGGAUCUUUUUGCAGCUGCACCAGACGCAUCGUGUUCAAGAUGCGUUCGAUUUUACCGUUUCCCUUCCAUGGACCGAAAAGGCUGAUUUGGUCGGAUUCCUUGCUUUAACAAUCAAUUUGGCGCCCCGGCUAAUGUAUCGUGUUUUUCACUAUGCGCUGAUGCGGGACGAUGGGAAGUAUAUUGACCUUGUUUCCUUAGUUCAAGCCAGAAUCGCGGCAAGAGAGACUCGACCCGAUAACCUGGUGGCGGCGAAAUACCUACUGGCGUUACUGCUUUUCGAGCACGGCCUGGUCAACGCAGGGAUCCAAGCUUGGUACGAAGUCAUCUCCCUUGACAACCCCGGCCGGGGUAUCGAGGCGGCUCAGGCGUGGUCAGCAAGUCGCUUAGCAGCCGUGUGUCUUUCCCGUCCAGAGGUCCCGUUCUGCGUAAAGGCCCCUUUGAGAUUAGACGAAAAGGCUGAAUCGGGUGAUAUCUGCUUGGGUGAUAUCGCGAACGCUAGAGAAGCUCUCAGCGGUCGUGUGAAGAGAAGCAUCCACCUGCUGUCGGAUGAUCGUCCUUCCAACGACGAGGAGCUUAGGAGCCUCUUCAGGACAUUCCUCGUUGCUGCAGACAGCGACGAAGAUCGUAACGGGGCCUUGUACCUGCUCAAGGCCUGGCAUAGGGACUGUCAGCGACAGACGAAGCGGCAUCGUCCCGAUGACGAUGACGAAACUGAAGCAUCGGAUGAUGAAGAUGAUUUCCCAUCCUCGGUCGCCCAGCUCGCCGAGUGUUCAUGCUGCAAGCGUGAGAUGAGCUCGAUAUGCCACUGGUACUUCUGUCGCUCGUGCCCCUUGACGGCCCUUUGUCGACGGUGCUACCAUGAUAUCCAGGCGGCGGCAUCCCAUUCCCAUCCUAGGGGUAUCUGCGAUCCGCAGCACGAGUUUUAUUACACCGGCCCUGCACUUCGUGCCUCCGAACGCCUGCCGGAGGGGAUGAUGGUGCUCGAAAGUUCUGAUGGUAAGAGGCAGACGAUACGGAUUGCCGACUGGAAGGAGAAGUUCUCGCAGGAAUGGAGGGCCGCGGAUCCUGUCUUUGAGGGAGGACUGUCGGCCUGGUGUAUGCAAGCAUUGCCGGAGCCACAGAGAUCUCGGUGGGGAACGUUUUUUACGUAAUUGUUGGCUGCUUUGUAUAUGACGUAUGUAGUAGUGGUAGAAUCCGCCCAUAUGAAGCAGAAGCGGGGGAAUAUAUAUAAGCGACACAAAUAGCGACAAAUUUGAGUAACCUGCACAAUGUGAAAAACAGAACUUGGAUUUAAUCUUCAU